AUGCCUGGUGUUCCCCCCGAUGCGCUCGACCAGCUGAAGAGAGGCUUCAAGGCCAUCUUCCGGAGGAAGAAGAAGAAUCAGGCGCCUCCAGCGACAGACAAGCCUGAAGAUAAGCCCACUGCGGCUCCGGCUGCGGCCCCAGGCGCUCCUGCUCCUGCAACUGAAGCCAAGCCAGCAGAGCCAGCUCCCGCUGCGGCGCCUAAGCCUGACGAAGCGCCCGCAGCCGACAAGCCCGCAGAGACCGCCGCUACCCCAGCUACCCCAGCUGAAGCUGCGACGGCCGCUCCCGAGAAGAAGCCCGAAGAGACUCCUGCCGAAACCAAGACUGAGAGUCCCGCCGCCGCUGCCGCUGCUGCUGGCGCUCCGGCACCCACUGCGCCCGUUGAAAACACCAAGUCCGAGCCCUCCAUAGCCCCCGACUCGACGGUCCCAGAGACGCCAUUCGAGACUCCGGCCGAGAAGCCUGCUGCGGCAGCUGAGCUUGCCUCCGCGGAGCCCGCUAAACCCGCCGAACCCACCGCUACCCCUGCGGCCCCUGCUGCUGAGCCCGCAAAGAAUGUCUUGCCGCUCAACUAA